AUGGCGCACGCAUUCAUAUUUGGAGCUUCCGGCAUCUCGGGAUGGUCUUUACUGAACCAGACGAGGAAUUAUCCGUCGCCGGACACUUUCGCCCGCAUUACCGGCACGACCAACCGCCCCUUGACACUGGACAAAGCGCUUAUCCCGAACGAUGAUCGAAUCCAACUGGUCUCGGGCGUCGACCUCACAAAGUCGGUCGACGAGAUCAUAUCUAUGCUAAAGGAGAAGGUUUUGGACAUAAGCACAGUAACGCAUGUCUUUUUCACAGCCUACGUUCAGGAAGAUGAUUUCAAAUCUUUGAAGAAGACCAAUACUUCGCUGUUGGAAGUUGCUGCACGGGCCAUUGAGGCAGUUGCGCCCAAACUUCAGUCUAUCAUUCUUCAGACCGGUGGUAAAGGGUAUGGACUUGAGUUCCCUAAGGAGGUGAAAAUCAGCCCCCCUCUGAAGGAGAGCACGCCGCGCAUUCCUGAGCCGUAUCAGAGCAAGAUCUUCUACUACACGCAGUACGACGUACUCAAGGAACUGUCGAGCGGCAAGUCGUGGACCUUCUCCGAGGUUAGACCCGAUGGCAUCGUGGGGUUCGCCCCGGUUUCCAACGCGAUGAACAUGGCUCAGGGAAUCGCUCUGUACCUCUCGCUCUACAAAGAAGUCAACGGAAAGAGCGCCUCGAUCGCCUUCCCGGGUUACGAGCGCGGCUACAACUCGACGCACUCAGACACGUUCCAGGAUGUCCUGUCGCAGAUGGAGAUCCACGCCGCGCUGAACACAGACGAGUGUGGCGGCGGCGCCGCCUUCAAUGUUGCGGACGGUCAGGCGGUCACCUGGGCUCAGGUCUGGCCUAAGUUGUGCAAGCAUUUCGGGCUGGUAGGAACGGGGCCUGAUCCAUCUGCCAUCCCGAUGCUGGAGUUCGUCGAGAAGCACAAGAACGUCUGGCAGGAUAUCGCCAAAAGGCACGGCCUCAAUGACAAGGUAGUGGAACAGCAGGGCUGGGGCCACGUUCACUUCAUGAUGGUGGACUUUGACUUUGACCGAGAAUACGAUCUGACGCGUUCGCGUGAGGUCGGCUUCAGGGAAGUGGUUGAUACCGUUCAGGGUUACAUCAGCUCAUGGGAGAGGAUGAGAGCUGCCAAGUUCCUUCCACCGCUCUAG